AUGCAAGGUGCUUUGAGUGGGGAAGGCGGCGCAGACUCAAAUAUCCAAAACAAUUUAUUUUCCCAUAUGGCGGAACGAACGGAAACUGUAGUGAAACACACACUGCAAAGCGAGAAAAGUAUAUCUCCUGGUGCCGACACUCUCCAACGAUGUGAACACAAACUCUUCAUUUACGAACAGGAGGCUUCAGUUUGUUUAUUUGUUUGUUUGUUUUUGAAUCCAUUCCUCACACCAGCGUCCAACAUUAAAUACAGGGAAUUCAGAAACUUUAUCAUGACCAUUAUUGCUGUGUCUUGUAAGAUGAUACAUAUUUUAUGA